UGAUUUCUCGUUUUGGAAGAAGUCGGUGAGCUUAAUAGAAUUACAACUUUACGUUCGUGAUCCACUUCAGGAGAAACAUAAUCACACAAAAACAUAAAAGGAAGCUCAUGACCACAGCCCUCACACACUCUCUGUUUUAUGAACUAUCUGUAUACAAUACUCCCAUCCUUGUUGGGUGCAGCUGCGAGGCAACGACAUCAAGAUGCGCGCGCUAUCCAACCUUGCGUUCUUGCUCGGCACUGUUUCCAUUGCCUCUGCGCAGGGAGUUCAGUAUGGGCACAAUCACGUCGUAGUGCGGAAGGACACCGACAACGUCGCCCGGAACUUCCCGGCCGUGGAUGUUCCGUUGCUUUCGCCCGCCUUUCUGAGCCCCCAAGAUAUACCUGAUGGAUUUUCUGCUGGGACAGCCGGGCCGACGGAUGACUCGACACUUGACUCCUUCAUCAAGUCCCUGGCAGAAAAGAAUGACUGGAUAUCGUACAAUGUGGCGAACUUCUCGUCUGAAGAGGGACGUGCCUUUCCCUACCUCCUGCUCUCGUCAUCUCCCCGGAACCCUUGCCGCACCGCGAAUAGCACCCAGAAACCUCGGGUGUGGCUACAGGGAGCAGUGCACGGCAACGAGCCCGCGGGUGACCAGGCUGUGCUAGCUCUUCUUGGCAAAAUGGACGCAAACCAGACUUGGGCAGCGUCUCUCCUCAAGCGUGUGGAGAUACUGGUCCUACCUCGAUACAACCUGGAUGGCGUCGCAUACUUUCAGCGCACGCUGGCCACGAACCUCGACCCGAAUCGAGACCAUGUCAAACUCGCGAGACAGCAGACUCGCGACAUCAAGCAACUCUUUAGCUCCUUUGCCCCCCAUGUCGCCAUCGACAUGCAUGAGUACAGCGCCACGACUCAGUAUGGUAGGUACGUGCAGGGGGCUGAUGGGUUGUUUUCGGCGGCGAAGAAUCUGAACAUCCACCCUACAAUCCGCCGUCUGUCCGAGAAGCUCUUUGCUCCGGCGAUAGGCGAGGCUAUGGAGGACCUCGGUCUCACAUGGGAGCCCUACGUCACCGGUCCGUCCAGCUCGAAGCCCGACUUCACAAUUCGUUUCGACGAGGCGGGCAGCGAUGCCAAGAUCGGGAGAAACGCCAUGGGGUUGACGCAGAGCAUCACCUUCCUCUGCGAGACACGGGGCAUCCGGCUGGCGGACCAGCAUUUCCAGCGACGAACAGUGUCUGGGCUCGCCAUGGCCGAGAGCAUCAUCCAGACCGCCGCCGACCACGCUGAUGAGGUGUAUUCCACCAUUGAGGAUGGAAUCCGAGAUUUCAUCGCGUCGACGGAGGAUAUCAUCGUCACAGACUACUCGACCUUGUCCAAGAGGACUUUCACCAUGGUCGACAGCUCAAACGGAAGCGUCGUUCAGGUGCCCAUCGAGUUUGCCAGCACGACGCCCGUCAACGCCAACCUGACACGGGGCAGGCCCGAGGCGUACCUCAUUCCAGUUGCCUGGGCGGAUCUAGCAGACCGACUGAGGGUGUCCGGCCUAGAAGUCGAGACGCUGCAGGAGCCAUUCCGCGGCAGCGUUGAAGCUCUGAAGAUCACAUCAGUCGCGUUUGCGGAUGAGUACUAUGAGGGCGUCGUGCGCGUGGAUGUUACCACCGAGACUGUGCAAAAGGAACUGGAGCUGCCUUCCGGGAGCUUCCUGAUCAGCACCAGGCAGAAGAAUGCAGCCCUGGCCGUGGUUGCGCUGGAGCCAGAGAACAUUGACUCGUAUGUCAGCUUUAAUAUUGUUCCGGUCGACACGGGGGACGAGUACCCUAUCUUCCGCAUCAUGUCUUAACUGAUAUAUUGAUAUGCGUCGCCGUAUGCCAUUGCUGAGUUGCGGCUCACGGUGUUGUGGUGGAAACCAGAGUGGUUUGGACAGUGUUAAAGCAGCAGCAAAGGUCGAUUAACGGGAACAACGUUUGAUCAUCGAGCUAUUUGAUAUCCAUUCUCCUUUCCAUAGUCAAUACCCAAUGCUCAUGACAGCUUCUCUUUGCGAC